AUGGAGCCCCACCACCCCCACCAACUCCCACAACAACAAAACGAUCAAGAUGCCAGCGUUAAAGGAACCUUCCUCUGCAGGCAAACCAGUACUCGUUGGACUCCUACUACUGAGCAAAUCCGAAUUCUCAAGGAACUUUACUAUAAUAAUGGCGUUCGCUCUCCCAAUGCCGAUCAGAUUCAGAAGAUCUCUGCUCGGUUGAGACAGUACGGUAAGAUCGAAGGUAAAAACGUUUUCUAUUGGUUUCAGAACUAUAAAGCUCGAGAGAGGCAGAAAAAAAGAUUCAUCAACUGUGAAGAUCCUUCUCACAAGUUUCAUAACAUAACUUCUGGUGGAAUUUCGGCUUCAACUUCUUCAUCUUCCAAUAUGUUCACUGUCCAACACAUGGGAAACUAUGGGGCGUAUGGUGGAUCUGUUACUACGACAGACAAGACUUUUAGGGAGGGUGCUGGCGGUUUUGACGGAGGAAUAGACCCAUAUACUUCAACCUACAUGAUCUUUGACAAGAAAAAAUCAAUUGAGAAAAGGGUAAAAGAAGAAGAAGAAGAAGAAGCAACUGGUCCUGGCAUUGAAACUCUUCCUCUUUUCCCCAUGCAUGGUGAGGACAACCUGAAGCUCAACCCCAACACUAAUUACUACUCUACCAACUGGUAUGGCAGAUCCAAUGACGCCAACGCAACGUCCUGGACUUCUCUUGAGCUCAGCCUCAACUCCUACACCAAGUGA